AUGAAGCACAAGGCGAAGGCACUCUUACUUGCGCUUCUUGCGCUCGUGGAUUCCUCUAGUGCAAUCCAAUACACCCCGUCAUCGAUCUUCCUUUCCCCGCAACACAAUGGCUCUCUCGCAUAUAUCCUCCGUCCCAGCUCCACCGGUGAAACCGAGUUCGUCUCCCUCAACUUGUCCAGCAGUAUCGAUGUCGAGAAUGUAUCAUAUCAAACGCUGCUGAAGAGCUCACCUUUCCAUGAUUCUGAUGUGAACUCGAGCUUCAUCCCCGCUAUCAAUGACCAAGGGCUCAUCACAGUCUACUCGGGCAACUGCCACAAGGCAUCCGAUAACCCGGUACUCUGGCAGUUCCACCCAAACAGCAAAAGUUUAGUCGGCAAUGGCACUUGGGAUGGACUGCCAGUUAUCACCAGCGACGCAAACACCGCACCGAACUAUCUGGCGGCGGGGUUCACGUAUUCGUCAUCCCGCCGCGAAAAUGAGAGCUCGAUGUACGCUUUUGGUGGGAUGUGUCCAUUCGCGAACAGCACGGAAGAAACAUGGAUCUCGGCAGCCAACUACUCCCGGUCGACGGUCGUGGUAGGGCCGAGUCCCUAUUACAACACCAAAUACACCGCUGCCACGACUGGCAAGCGUGCACCGCCAAUCGCUGAAGCUGGAAUGGCCGUUGUACCGCUUCAACCUACAUAUUCUGCCGGUUCUACGGGGAAACAACAGGACUUUUUGUUUAUUGGUGGCCAUACUAGGCAGGCGUUCCUUAACAUGUCGCAACUUGCCAUUUUCUCGCUACCGCAGCAAAGCUGGAGCUUUGUUUCUGCAAUUUCAGAUUCAACCCCCAAGACUGAGCUGACUGUUCGGGAUACAGUUUCAGUUGAGCCUCGCUCCGGUCACACUGCGGUUCUAUCGGAAGAUGGAAAUAAAGUAUUUGUGUUUGGAGGUUGGGUGGGCGAUGUCACUGUCCCCGCUAAACCGCAGUUUGCAGUUCUGGAUCUCGCAGAAGGGUUUGGCGGAACCAGCGAAUGGAUCUGGACAGAACCCUCUUUCGAAGGACUAGGGAUCGCCGAAGGUGCUGGAAUCUUCGGACAUGGAGCGGCAAUGCUCCCUGGAGGCGUGAUGAUGAUUUCUGGUGGCUACAAUAUCCCGAAGUCAUCCUCGAAACGGGCCUCAGCAACUGCACAGUCCAACUCGCGGGUCUAUCUCUACAAUGUGACUUCGAGAAAUUGGGUCACUUCUUACAGCAAUCCUGCAGCCAGUCCCUCGAAUACUUCCUCCGGUUCCAGGAAGCUUUCAUCAUCCCAAAAGGCCGGCUUAGGAGUUGGACUGGGCAUUGGCUGCCCUGCUGCUAUGGCCAUCGUUUUGUGUGGAUGGAACUAUCACCGCAAGCGCCGCGUAAAGAGUAAGCGAGACUCGCAGCUACGAGAACUUGCCUUAGGAGCAGAACGAUCUCACUUUUGGGAUCGAGACUGUCCAACCCAAGCAAGCAGCAUUCGGAGUUCUGGAAUGAGCGAAAGAAGAGAUGGCCCCAUGUAUCCUUGGUUGGCAAAUCGCACCCAGACAACACAGCCCGACUGGAAAGAUCAAGGCGAAGUCACGGCGGAGAGGACUGGGCUUCUGAUGGACCCUACUAGUCCAUCUAAGAAUAACCGACCACCUGUGGUACCUUCAGUGAACAAUAAGCCAUUCUCAUAUCGAAAUAGUGAAUACCGGCGUAGCGAUGCCACUGGUGAUAUCCAUCCUAUCGAUGAACGCGAGGAAGACGAAGCGAUGUUCCGAGAACAUCUCAUGGCUACAAUCCCACCUGGAACAAGACCCACGGUCAAGAUGGCGGAGUCUGAAGACCCCUUCUCAGAUACCCCUUAUGCAACUCCCCGGAGCACCGUCUUUGGAGUUGGCCUGGGUCCUUUCUACAGCCGGCGAAAGGACAUUGGAUCUAUGGAUGUCGAGUCCCCGACAAAAAGCGAACGAACGGCCACCAAUUUGUCAGACAACUCAGCCUUCUCUUUUGCGUCUUCCCAGCCUAUAAGCAAGGUCAACCAAGCACGAGCCAUCCUUGUCGAUCGACCUACGAGCUGGGGCAGUGGGCGCCAGUCACUGGAAUACCUCGCCGUGGGCUCAACACAAAGCGACCCAGACGGCGUAGCCCCCUCGGAGAAGUCUGUCUCAGCGGAUUCCUACUCUACAGCCCAGACAAACCUCUCCCACCGCCAGUCAGAGAACGAAUCCCUUCUCUUCGACGCCCUCGAUUCCACCACGGCCCCCUCCUCUCCCUCAAAACUACCCCGAGAAUCCAAACCAAGAGCCUCCGACUGGGUAAUGAACACCAUGCGCCGAGCUCUAACAAUGAGCCGCCGCAGCCCAGACAGCCAGCUGUACUCCAGUGCUAGUACCACCAGCACAGCGCACCGCGCCUCCGGCAUUGACCGCAGUAGCACGAUACUCGGAUCCGGCCAACGAUCUUCAGCAGUACCCAGCACGCCGCGCCGAGCAGUUAGCGCUUCGGCAGAGCUAUUCCGCCGCAAGCAGGGUGCCAAAGAUUGGAACGCGCACAAAAGAGUCUCAGACGAUGUCUUCAAUACUGCCCGGUCUACGCGUGACGAUCUUUUCGUCGGUGCGCCGGGAUACCUAGGUAACGAAACUGGCUUUGGCGAUGACGAGGAAGAUGUCCAUGAUUGGGACCUUGAGGGUGCUGCUGAGGGCCUACGAGUCCAGACUACUUUUACCGUUCCUCGAGAGAAACUCCGUGUUGUUAAUGCUACUGCUGGCGAUAUUGAUAACAUGUCUGAGCGCUCUGUCAGUUGGGGUACUGGGAACCGGAGUGUUAGUACCUAG